AUGGAGACUAGAGCCGAGGAAUGGAUAAACGUCGAAAUCAAAUUGGAAAGUAUUGAAUCGGAACGCACAAAGGAGACAUUGAACCAACCUAGCGAAUCAGUUUCAAACAGAGUCGGGUCUCAUGAUCGUUCAAAACAUUCGAAACUGGUCAAUAAUGGUGUAAAAAUUUCAAAACUGCGGAUCUUAUAUUGCGUUCUGUUCCUCAUCUUCUUUUCGUCUAACGUCUCUUAUUAUAUUGGGCCUAGAGUAUCAUCCCCUGCUUUUGCCUCAUACCAAAUUGAGGAGACCUCUGCUACCACCUGGCCAAAUAUCACUUCAACGGUUUUAAGCCUGCUUGAAAAAUUUGUGCCUGAUUCAUCUGACAGACUUGCAGAAUUCUUCCCGAAUGUGACAGCUGGUGACUCAAGAUAUCAAUGGUACUACGACAAAUUGUGCUUGAACAAGACAUGUGUGAAGCCCGACAUAUGGGACGGGAACAUAUUUAUUGCUUUAAUGGCAUUGAAGGCAGCACAAGAAGGAAAAGUCGACGAUUUGCAGAAGUACUUUUCAAAGUUUACACACAUCUUUUCGGGAGUACGUAAAGAAGCUGAGGACAAGAUUAAGGAGUUCGAACGCUAUCACAGAGACUAUGAUGCCUCAGCUGCUCGAUUAAUCAAAGGAAUGGAACCACCAACGGGAGCUACUAGGCCUCUCGUCGAGAUCGGCUUUUGGUUCUUUGAUGCCAUAGUAUUGUUGAUGUUCAUAUUCAGCUAUAUUGCUGCGAGGGCUGAUGAUGUUGCAUUGCUCACCGUAAUAUGCAUCGUUUGUCUGAUAAUUUCAACCAUAUUCACUUGCCCUGGGAUUGUUAAACCACCUUAUCCAGGUGUACUAGAGGAGAACGCCAUCGGGAUAAAGCAAGGUGGUCUCGUGAUUAAAUUCAUCAUCCUUGUGGUUUUGCAAUUGAUUUUCAUAUUUUCAUCGAUUGUGUAUGCAUAA